GUCUUUCAAUCUCCAAGUAGCUUACCGAGCAUGCUCGUGGAGACGAGCAGUGUACAGACUGGAAAGGUGUGAUAUGUUCUGAAAUUCGGAGGUGGAAAUCUGCACGGCGGGCGUUCGGCAGUAGCGCUAGCUUCGAUUGUUCGCGCGACAUCCGUUAAGUCAAAAUGCCGCCCAAACUAGAUCCGUCCCAGGUCGUGGAGGUGUAUGUCCGAGUGACAGGAGGAGAGGUCGGAGCUGCCUCUUCUUUGGCUCCCAAGAUCGGACCUCUCGGUCUUUCCCCGAAGAAAAUCGGAGAGGAUAUCGCUAAGGAGACAGCGAAGGACUGGAAGGGUUUGAGGGUGACUGUGAAGCUCACAGUCCAGAACAGGCAAGCUAAGGUUGCUGUUGUGCCAUCUGCCGCAGCGUUGGUGAUCAAGGCCCUGAAGGAGCCAGAGAGGGACCGCAAGAAGGUGAAGAACAUUAAGCACAGCGGCAACAUCUCCUUGGAUGAUGUCAUCGAAAUUGCCAAGAUCAUGGCUCCCCGCUCGAUGGCCAAGACCCUGGCCGGUACAGUAAAGGAGAUUUUGGGAACAUGUGUAUCAGUAGGAUGCACCGUAGACGGCAAAGACCCCAAGGAUUUACAGAAGGAGAUAGAUGAAGGCGAAGUGGAGAUUCCCGAAGAGUAAAUAGUGAGUAUAGCUGCUUCCAGUGAGCUCGCCCGCUCUCGGUGAGAUAUUUGCCUGAAAUCAAUUGUGUGUCGCACUGCUGUAAUGAGCACGACGCAAUCUAUUCAAUUGGAAACUUAUGUAUCUCAACUGACGUGCAAUGUGAGGCCGCCCAUUGUCUCACGAACGAAAAUUUUGACCCUGAUAACGGCCAAUUCUUUGAUUCU